AUGGCAUCCUUCAAUGUUUAUUCUCCUCCUGCUGCUGCUGCUCCACCUCUCACUAAUAAGUACGAUGUGUUCAUCAGCUUCAACGGUAGGGACACGCGUAACGGUUUCACUAGCCAUCUUCAUGCCGCUCUAUGCAAAAACCAGAUCGAAACGUUCAUAGACUACAGAAUUGAAAAAGGUGGGGAGAUCUGGCAAGAACUCGUGGAAGCCAUCAGAGAGUCGAUGGUGUAUCUGGUCAUCUUCUCCGAACGCUAUGCACAGUCAAAGUGGUGCUUGCGGGAGCUCGUUGAGAUCAUGGAAUGCAAGAACAAGAAUGGAGACUACCAUGUCAUUCCUGUGUUCUACAAGAUUGAACCAAGCCAUGUUCGGAAGCAAACGGGCAGCUACUACUCCAUAUUUGCGGAAUAUGAGAGAAACUUGGACCAUGGCCUUGUUCGCCAGUGGAGAAAGGUACUCUUUGACGCUGCCAAUAUCUCCGGCUUCGAAUGCAACGGCCGCAGGACGGAGGCUGAGAUCAUUGAAGGCAUAGUCCGAAUGGUUGUGCAGAAAUUGAAUCACAAAUAUACAAAUGAACUCAGAAGUCCUUUUAUUCGAGAUCAAAACUAUGCAUGCAUUGAAGCUCUUCUGAAAAUGCAAUCAAGGGAAGUUCAAACCAUUGGAAUCUGGGGCAUGGGCGGUAUAGGUAAAACAACCCUUGCCGCUGCAAUUUUCAAGGAGUUCUCUUCCAAAUUUGAGGCUAGUUGUUUCUUGGAAAAUGUAAGAGAAGAAUCAUCAAAUCAAGGACUCAAUCACAUAUUCAAGAAACUCCUUUCUGAUUUGCUGGAGGAAAAGGUUCAUAUUAGCACUCCCAAAGUAAUAUCCUCAGCAAUCAUAAGUAGAUUAAGGCGUAAGAAAGUUUUCAUUGUACUAGACGAUGUCCAUACUUCUGAACUCUUAGAAACUUUGCUUGGAGUUGGCCAUGAUUAUCUAGGAUUUGGUAGCAAAGUGAUUGUGACAACCAGAGAUAAGCAUGUGCUUCAGGGAAGAGUGAUCAUACAUCACAUUCAUGAAGUAAAAGAAAUGAAUUUUGAGAACUCCCUUAAACUUUUCAGCUUAAAUGCCUUCAACAAGCAUUGUCCUGAAACUGAAUAUUUGGAUCUAUCAAUGAUAGCAGUUGCUUAUGCAAGUGGCAUCCCUUUAGCUUUGAAAGUUUUGGGAUCUUUUCUGCGAUCAAAAAGUUAUAAUGAAUGGGAGAGUGCAUUGGCAAAACUGAAAGCAGUUCCCAAUGGAGAUAUUCAGAAGGUAUUGAGAUGGAGUUUUCAUGAAUUGGAUGAUGCAGAAAAAAAUAUAUUUCUUGACAUUGCAUGUUUUUUCAAAGGGCAAAACCGAUAUAAAGUAACAAGGUUAUUGAAUGCCUGUGGUUUCUUUGCGGAGAUAGGGAUAAGAACCCUUUUAGACAAGGCUUUGAUAAGAAUAACAUUCAAUGAUAGUAUACAAAUGCAUGAUUUGAUACAGGAAAUGGGUCACAAAAUUGUCCAUGAAGAAUCCAUUAAGAACCCGGGAGGACGUAGUAGGUUGUGGAAAUCUGAAGAAGUUCGAGACAUAUUGAAAAAUAACAAAGGGACUGAUGCAAUUGAAACAAUAUUCUUGGAUAUGACUCAAAACACUGAUGACCUGUGCAUAAGUUCCCAGGCAUUUAGGAAGAUGCCAAACCUAAGGUUACUUGCUUUUGCAGAUAAUAAAGCUUUUCAGAGGAAGAAGAAGAGAACUAAUGAGAAACUAGACCUUCCAACAGAUCUUGAAUUGCCUAAUAAUUUGAGAUAUAUUCAGUGGGAUGGUUGUCCAUUGAAAUCUCUAACAACUAGUUGUUGGCCUAGUAAGCUUGUUGAGCUUUCCAUGCCAUACAGCAACGUUGAAAAACUUUGGGAUGGGGAACAGGUAUGUACAAAUAUUUUUCGGAAUGUAUACUGA